AUGGAUUCAUCAAGUCCUACAAUACAAAAUGAAGAACUUUAUUUAGCUAACUCCAAAUUUGAUUCAUAUGAUGAACUACUAAAGAGUGUAAGAGAUUUUUAUUACGUUAAAGGAUACGGAAUAUCUAUUCGAGAUUCAAGUAAAGACAAAUAUGUCACUUUGCAAUGUGAUAGAGGUGGUUGUUAUCGAGAUAGACUGAGUAUUGGAGAUAAAAGGAAGAAGAAUACCGGAUCUCGCUUGAUUAAUUGCCCUUUUCAGAUUGUAGGUAAAAAGGAAUAUGAUGGCGGUUGGAUACUUAAGGCAAAAAACUUGUCUCACAACCAUGAACCAUCUACUGAUAUCUCUGGGCAUCCAUCAUUUCGUCGAUUAUCACCAAAUGACGUACAAAGUGUCAAAAACAUGACGCUUUCUGGCAUACCCCCAAGGCAAAUUCUUUCUUCUUUACGUCAAGGAAACCCGAACCUUCCGGCAGUCUCUCGAACUAUAUACAAUCUGAAGGCAAAAAUUCGCAAGGAAAACUUGGGAAAUCGAUCAACGGUUAGUGCUUUAUUUGAAGAGUUUGAAAAAGAGGGUUUUAUCUAUGAUAUUUUACAUAACUCAAUAGGGCAUAUAACCCAUUUGUUCAUUGCACAUCCUUUGUCGAUUAAAUUGGCAAAAGUUUUCUCUAAUAUAUUUAUAAUGGAUUGCACAUACAAAACCAACAAAUAUAACAUGCCUCUCCUUGAUAUCAUUGGGGUUUCAUGUUUUAAUACAUCUUUUUAUUCUGGGUUUGUAUUUCUGGAGAGAGAGGAUGAAGAUAGUUACAUUUGGGCAUUAAGUGUGUUUAAGAAGACUCUUGAAAACCGUGAACCGUCUGUGAUUAUGUCUGAUAGAGAGUUGGCACUAAUGAAUGCCAUAAAUAUGGUAUUCCCAAACACGACAAACCUUUUAUGUAUUUGGCAUAUUGAAAAGAAUGUGUUGGCAAAUUGCAAGAAGCAUUUUCCACAUACAGAAGAGUUUGAUAUAUUUAUGUCAAGUUGGAAUAAUGUAGCAUAUUCAACAAGUAAAACUAUUUUUGAGCAUAAUUGGGGUGAGUUUGAGUUGUUUUAUCAGACGAAAAAAGUUGCAAUCAAGUACAUCAAAAAAACAUGGUUGCCUUGGAAGGAAAAGUUUGUUAGUGCUUGGACAGAAAAUUAUUUGCAUUUUGGUAAUCGGUCAUCAUCAAGGGCUGAAGGUGCUCAUGCGAAACUGAAACAAUAUCUACAAGUAUCUACAGGUGGCUUUCAAGAUGUUACCAAAAAGAUUUGUCUUGCAAUCAAACAUGAGUUCAAUGAGAUUAAAGUGAAACUCGCAAGUGAGAGAAUCCAAAUUCUUCAUAAGUGA